AUGCGUCUUGUCAAGCGCCACAUAGACAACGACGGUAGUGGGACCAUCACGCUGUGCCCGGAAGAGCCAGAAGACAUGUGGCAUGCUUACAACCUCAUUCGACCGACAGAUCUCUUGACCGCUUCUGCAAUCCGUCGAGUCACAAAUGAGGCGGCAUCAACUGGCUCAACAUCCUCCCAGAGAGUACAUACAAACCUUACCAUUCGAGUUAAAUCUUUAGACUUCGAUCCGCAGGCUGGCCAACUGCACGUGUCUGGGCAGAUCGCUCGAGAAAACCGCUUCACAAAGAUUGGACAAUUCCAUACACUUGAUCUUGAGUUGCAACGCAAUUUUACCUUGGAAAAGGAAGUCGAAGGCAUCCAUGGAGGCGCUGGCUGGGAUAGUGUCGCACGCGCACAACUGGAAGAGGCGAUUGAUCAAACACGAGGGACUGAAGCCGUGGCUGUCGUGAUGCAUGAAGGCCUUGCAAAUAUUUGCUUCAUCACACAGUUUCAGACUGUACUGAAACAAAGGGUUGAGGUCACUGUCCCUCGCAAACGUACAGGGGCUGGUAGAUCUGCCGAUCACGAUAACGGCCUGUCAAAGUUCUUCUCUACCGUUCUGGACACCUUAAUGAGACAGUUGGAAAGCCUAAUGGAAGGAAAGGAUAGCAGCACGAGUUUCCCGAUCUUGCUUGCCAGCCCAGGCUUCACGGCAGCCGGAUUCCUCAAGCAGAUCAAUGAAACUGCAGCCACAAAAGGAGACAAAGUCCUGCAGGACCUUGUCAAGCGGAAAGCCUUCAUUGUUAUUCACAGCAGCUCCGGUCAUUUGCAUAGUCUGAACGAAGUCCUGAAGAGCCCAGAAGUGUUGGUCAGGCUGAAAGACACGAAAUACGCCCGAGAGACUUCGCUAAUGGAUGAUUUCUAUGCAUUGUUGCGCAAGGAUGAUGGCAGAGCUUGGUAUGGACCAAAGGAAGUUGAGACUGCCGUAGACAAAGGUGCGGUAGGUCGAGGGGGUGGGGUGCUUCUCAUCAGCAAUGCUCUAUUCCGAAGUCAGGACAUAGGAACGAGACGGAGAUGGGUUCGACUCGUAGAUCAGGUUCGGGAGGCUGAAGGAGGAGAAGUAAGAGUACUGAGUAGUGACCAUGAAAGUGGCAGAAGACUUGAGGGCCUUGGUGGGAUCGCAGCCAUAUUAACCUUUCCCAUAGAGGAGACAGAUUCUGACGGCGAGGAUCCUGAUGUCGAAGGUAAUGGCAGCGAAGAUCCGUGA